AUGGCGUCCGCGAUGCUCGAGUUUCGUACUCCAGGCUACAACCCAUAUGCCGUCAAGUACUCUCCCUACUACGACUCCCGCAUCGCCGUCUCCGCCGCAGCGAACUAUGGUAUAGUGGGCAAUGGUCGGCUGUUCAUUCUCGGUCUCGGUCCCGCAGGCAUCCAGCUUGAGAAAGGCUAUGAUACCAACGAUGCGCUUUACGACCUUGCCUGGUCUGAGAUCAACGAGAACCAGCUGGUCGUUGCUUCUGGCGAUGGCUCCGUUAAGCUGUACGAUCUGGUGACCAGUGGCGAUUUCCCCGUCAUGAACUUUGUAGAGCACAAGCGUGAAGCAUUCUCUUGGUCUCCUUCUCGCCCGACGUCAAUCAAGACCUUCCCCGUCGGCACCUGCACCUACUCAGCUUGCUUCUCACCGCACAAUCCUAACCUGAUUUCGUGCGUCUCUUCCGACUCAAACAUCCGCAUCUACGACUUGCGCAGCCCCGUGUCGGCCAAGUACCAUCUGACGACCGUCAUUCCGGCCCACGCGCCGCCCGUGACUCCCGUCGGUGUACUCGCGGCCCUCGCUAAUGGGCAGACUUACGCUGGCGCCGUGCCCAGCGAGAUCCUGACCCAUGAUUGGAACAAGUACCGCGACACCGUGGUUGCGGCUGCCGGUGUCGAUCGUCUCGUUCGAACCUUUGACAUCCGCAACCCCACCGGCGGCCCGCUGUCGAUCCUGAUGGGCCACGAGUAUGCCGUUCGCCGCCUUGCCUGGAGCCCCCACGCGAGCGACGUGUUGGCCUCGGCCAGCUACGACAUGACCGUGCGCGUGUGGAGCGACGGCUCGGCCGCCAUGCCACCGGCUCCCAGUCAGCCCCCGGUCAUCCAGCUUGGUCAACAGCUUGGGCUGAUGAAUCGGCACGCUGAGUUCGUUACCGGUGUCGAUUGGUGUCUAUUUGGCUCUGGUGGCUGGCUCGCAUCGGCCGGCUGGGACCAGCGCGUGCUGGUGUUCGAUGCCCAUACCUUGCUUCCUCCCGUUCUCUGA